GUCCAACCUCAGUCUGGUUCAAUCACAUUAGCUCUGGAUCGUGUGAUGACUGUACAAAGAGCAGAGAACACACACACACACACACACACACACACACACACACUCUCUCUCACACACACAUACACACGCACACACACUUGCUCACCAGACUUCAGGUCCUGCUGAUGACUUGAGAGAAAAAUGCCUCGCUCUUUUUUGGUCAAGAGCAAGAGGGCGGGGUCUCAUUCGUCACGCUCCGCCCACUCCUACACCUACCCCUCUGACGGACCUGUCGGAGCCUUGUCCGCCGUCUCCCCAAGGAGCAGCUCACCUGUAGCCCUAGAGCUCAGCCCGAAGAUGGCGUCAGCCCCCGGUUACCCCGCCUCGCACUCCCACUGGGUUUCCAUGGAAACCAGCCCAAACUCCACCUCCCAGGCUGAGAACUGGGGUCUGUGGAGAACAGAUAAACAGGCAGGUGAGAGUGAACAUCCCCCAGCAUGUCCCUUACUAUGGUCUCCUGCACUGAGCCACACCUCCAGCUCUCACAGGGAGCAGGAACUGGAGCGACUGGUGCAGGUGCUGCUGAGCCACAGACUGCAGGAAAACCCCAGCACUCCACUGUGUGAAUGUCCACUCUGUGAGAAGGUUCUGUCGUCAGCUGUUGGUUUGGUGACUCACCUGCGCAGGUCUCACAUCAACAGAGCCACAGUUACACCCACAGGGUUGGGUUUCAACACACAGCAUCAUGGGAUCAGACCCUCAGCUGGAUUCUACGGCAGGGCCAAAGAGCGCAGUUUUGUCUGUAAGGUGUGUGGGAAGGUGUUUAAACGCUCGUCGACUCUCUCCACUCACCUGCUGAUCCAUUCAGACACUCGACCUUACCCCUGUCAGUACUGUGGCAAGAGAUUCCAUCAGAAAUCUGACAUGAAGAAACACACCUUCAUACACACUGGCGAGAAACCCCAUGUGUGUGUGGUGUGUGGGAAGGCGUUCAGUCAGAGCUCCAACCUGAUCACGCACAGCAGGAAGCACAGCAGUUACAGACCCUUCCACUGCCCUCACUGCCCGCUCAACUUCCAGAGGAAACUGGACCUGCAGCGCCACCUGGAGACACACUCCAGCACCGACAGCAGCACAGCCUACCAGAGCAGCCUGAGUUAGCGCUCGCCGCUAAAUACACAACGCUGCAGUGUACAGAACGUGUAGUUUAGCCUUAAUAGCAUCUGGAAAUGCCUUGAAAAACAGAUGUGCUUUGAUGAAUAUACAAAUAAAAAGCUUUUAUGGUUUAUUGUUUUUUCCUUUUCCCAAGUUUUUUCUCGAGAUCGUGAGUUAGAGAAAGAGAGAGAGAGAAAAGAGAUUAGCCUUUCUACACAGAAAGGUGUUUGUUUGUUCGUUUCUUUUAAAUUUCCAUUACAGUUACCAUAGAAACAGUUUUAAAUAUGAUGGAAUAUGAUGGACGUCCAUCAGGUUCUUCUGAAGUGUUUGGAUGAGUGACAACGAACGUAGGGAUGUGGUAGCUUAGUGGUUAAGGUGUUGGGUUACCAAGCGGAAGGUUGUGAGUUCGAUUCCUACAUCCACCAAGCUGCCACUGCUGGGCCCCUGAGCAAGGCCCUUAACCCUCAAUUGCUCAGUUGUAUAAAAAUGAGAUAAAAUGUAAGUCGCUCUGGAUAAGGGCGUCUGCUAAAUGCUGUAAAUGUAACAAACUUCAUUUAAUGUCAACGAAGAUGAACGUGAUAAAGAAUAAACAGAAAAGGAAGAA